AUGACAGGAAUUGAGGGUAAAUGCUAUGCGAAUCACAAGUGGAAUUCUGAAGAAAAACAAUGCAAGUCCUGUCCGCAAGGAUAUUUUGGAAUAAAUUGCACAUCAAAAUGCGUGUUCCCACUUUAUGGAUUGAAAUGUAAAUCAACAUGUAAUUGUACACAUGACAAAUGCCACCAUAUCCAAGGCUGUAAUCAAAACCCAAGUGUUACAGACAGUAAUGGCAGUACAGUAAAAAACGACACUAACAUGAACGGCCAAAGUUUUACCACGGAAACAGAAAGUAAGUGGAUGCGUCCCGUUAUGUUUGGAGUUUUUGGAUUAGCAGGGCUGUUGUUUUUCAUUACUGUGAUUUACAUGUAUAAUUUUAAACAUCAACAGAUAAAAUGCUUAGCUGUUGCUGAGACCACUUAACAUAAUUAUAUUCCUGUAAUUAAUUCUUCUUUUAGGUUUGCAAAGAUGUUUUUCCCUCAAAUUAUCAAUAUCUUCAUAAAAUUUACUAACAUAAACAACUGAAAAUACUGAAACAAUUAUCCGAAAUAAUUCCUAGAAGAUUUUAAAAUUUUGAAAAUAAUCUUAAAAAUCCAAUAUUUGCUUAUCUGAAUACAGAAAACAUUAAAUCAGUUUAGGCAUAUAUCGAUUCACUAUUACUUUUAUAAGACAGUUUGAAUGGCCCUUUAAGGAUCGCUGACACUUGGUAUUGUUAGUUCGUUUCUGUGUUUGUGUGUGAGGGCAUAUUUUAAAUUCAGUUUUCGUUAUAUACCUAGCUGUUUAAAUAUAGUCGUGAGUUAGGGGUAGUUUGAAAAAUAUACAAGUACGUGUUUAUGAAUGCAAUAAUUUAUGCUCUUGUGAUUUUCGCCAUUUUGUUAAUGUCGAAUGCAUGACGUACGUGGAUUUUUAACUGCGUUAACGUCAGCUUGUACGUAUAUAUGUAAUCUAAUUUGUUUAUUUCAUAGUAUACAUUUAUAUUUUUAUACAUUUUUUUCUUCCUGUUACAAGUUAUAUACUUUUAUAAACUUUUAUAAUUUUAAAAAUGAUUAUUUUUUUUUUCACACUGUUUCCUGUGUUUCAAAUGUCGGGCUAAUCUUUUGGUGAUCGGCCAUUCUGUUUUGAAAUGGAAACAAGUGAGAACUAUAGGUAUUUGUAGUAUUUGAACUAUUUUUGCCGCAUCAUUUUAAGUAUUUGAAAUCUAUACAUUUAAACUGGUUAUUUUCCAGUAUUUUUAUUAUUGUUCCAGUGAAGUUUGUUUUUGUCAAACAAGAGGUGACGAUGUUUUAUAAAUAAAUAAAAAACAACCAACAAAUCAAUUCAUAAUGAAUAUAUUUACUCACUGCUCAGAAUCUAGAUGCUAUUUUAAACAGAACGA